AAUAAACUCAAUUAAAAAUUUACAAAUUGUAGAUAUUUUUAAAUCUUAAAUAAGAAAUAGGUUUAGAAAUAUUAUCAAAAAAUGGUUAGCCAUUUAGUCAUUUUGUUAAUUUAAGGAUUAAUAGCUCAAAGGAUAUACUGUGAGAUAAUUAAAUUUUAAGGAGAUUGGAAUAUUUAAGACAACUAUAAGAUGUCUAAUAACUAAAAAUUAGUAUUUGAUUUUAAAUCAGCAACAUUAAAAGGAAAUGGAGUAGCAAGUAGCAUUAGUAGUAAUAACACAAUAUACGAUAUACAAAUCAUAGAUAAUAAUGAAAGCGAAGACAAGAAAUAUCAGUAACUAUGCAAAAUAAACCACAUGAAAAUUAAACCUCUUUACGAUCAAUCAAAGUCUAUUUAUUAAACUUAGAAUUAAGAAUAAAUUAUUGAUUUUAUCAUCAUCAGACAUAAUUUAAUCUUUUAUCUGACUGAAAGUGGGCAAAUAUUUUUCACUUUAAUAAAGCAAGUUAUAAACUCUAAAAAUGAACCCGAAAUAAAUGUAUAUAACCUUUAUGAUAAUAAAAUAGAAGAGCUAGAUAAGCAAUAAUAAUUAAAAGUUUCAUAUAUAAAAAGGUUUUAAUCUUUAGUGAUUUAUUUGUAGAAUGGAGAUAUUUAUUAUUUGGAUAUUUAAAAAGUCAUUUAAUUAGCUUAAAAAGUCGAAGAAGCAUAGGAUAUUUAUGAAAUUAAUUUACUUGACUAAAAUGAAAAUUUGACGCUAAACUCGUUUUUAGGUUUUCCAAAGCACGAAAAGGCAAAGAAGAUUCUAGCCUUAGAAGAUUUAAUUAUUUUUGUUACUAUUAAUGGAAAGGUUUAUGGCUAUUCGGUAUAAAGAAAUUAAGAAAAUAAUAUCUUUAUGAAAGAAAGAAUUCUCGAUUUGAACGAUGAAAACUCUGAUUUUAUAGAUGCAGAAUGCUAUAAUAAUACCUUAAUAUUAUUAGAUAUUCACAGAGGAGUUUUUUUUUAUGAAUAUACUAUUGAGAAGUAAGAAUUUACUUUUAAAUAAGAUUUGAAUAUUGAAUUAGAUGGUGGAAUUAUGCUCGCAACUUAAUAAUUAAACACUAUUGUAGUUGCUUGCCAAGAUAGAUAUCUAAGAGAGUAUUAUAUAGAUUAUUAAAAUAAUGAUUAUAUUUUGAAUAGUGAAGUGCAGAUAGACUCUAAUUUAAACUAUAUUUCAGCUGAAGAAAGUUAUUUAUUCAUCAGUGCUCAAAGCAGGAACAGCAACUUCUUCUCGCCUUUAAAUAUAUUAAAGAAUACAUUACAAGACCUUUAAAAGCAUUAGACAAUAAUAAAAUUUGAUUAUCACUUUAUAAAAGUUAAAUUUUCUUAACUUAAAAAUACAAUCGAAAAUAAUGAGUAGCCGAUGAUAGCACAAUAGCAUAAAAAUUAAAGAUAGAAGAAAGCUAAGAAUGAAAAAGAAAGGCUCCAAUAAAGCUUAAAUAAAAAUAAUAAAGUAUUUAUCUCAUUAAUUGACAAUACUAAAAUAGAAGUUGUUCCUUACUAAUAUGAUAAAUAAACUUUGGUUUGCUCCUCUGAAUCAACAUUAAAGUUGAUUUCAAAUAUAAACUCAAAAUACGAAUACACUAUUCUCUAUAAUUCAACUAAUUGUUAGGAAAAAGAAAGAUACUAUAUAAUUGAAAAGUAAAAGCCUACUUCUUUGGAUUUGAGGAAAAGCUAUUGUAGCUCUCAUGGAAUAGUAACUUUUGAGAUUGAUUUCACUCAUUAUGAAUAAGAAGAAUUUGAAAUAGGUUUAGUUUUUCUUUUUUUGUUAAUUCUUACAGCUCUUUUGUGCUUUAGACAGUACAAAAAUAAAAAACUGUAAAAGAUGCUUGAUCUCAAAGACAGAAUGUCAUAAGAUAGUAGCACAAAGAGAAAACGUUUUAAUCUAUAAUACGAAUCAUUGUCUUCUACCGAAUAUAAAAAAUAGUGAAUUAUUCUUAAUCAAUAAAUGAUAGAUAUUAUUUAUUUUAUAAACUGUUGUUAAAUUUUUGUUUUUAAAAUGGCUAAAAUGUUUAAAAAUUACUACUUUUUAAGCUUAAAUUUACAAAAUUUAUAUGAAUAUUUUCAU